ACUGUUCCCCGAUCGACGUUGCGUGAGUCGCACCUCGUCAUUUUCGCGGCGAUUAACGGCGGAAUUCGGAUGAUUAGCUGUUUUCUCCAUCCUCGGCCGCGAUACGCUUCAUUCGGGAAUAAGGAAGGUGCAGGGAGAAACUAGAGGGAAGCAAUAUCUAAUCUGUCCAGUUUGCAGAAGCGAGGAAAUUUCUCACCGCGUUUCAGUGUGGGAAGUGCGGUUUGUUGGAUGUAAUUUAUGUGAUUUAUGUGAUUUAUCGCGUUUGGGAGUCCGGAUUUUGCCAUUUCCGUUGCCGUUCGUCCAGGAAGAUGGUGAAGCGGAGCGAUGGCAGACAAUCUGGAGGAUCUGCUGGUCGUUCUCUUCGAGAAAUGUGACACGCGGGGGAGCGGGUUCAUCGGGAGGGAGGAGUUGGAGGAUGUGUGCGGGACGUUCGGGAUCUGCGGGGAGGAUGUGCAGGUGAUCUUCGAGGAUCUGGACCGGGACGGGGACGGGCGGGUCUCGUUCGAGGACUUCGGCCGGCGGUUCCGGGAGUUCCUGGACCUGCAGCCUCGCGGCUGGACGGGGAACGAGGGAGAGAUCGAGAGGAGCCGCGAGAGGAGGAAGAGCCAGCUUCUCGGACUGGAACAGCAGAUAUUCUCUUCGGCAGGUGGAUGUGGAGGAUUGCAAAGCCAGAUGGAUGUGGAGGAUUGCAAAGCCAGACGGAUGUGGAGGAUUGCUAGGGCAGGUGGAUGGGAGGAUUACAAAGCCAGAUGGAUGUGGAAGAUUGCUAGGGCAGGUGGAUGUGGAGGAUUGCUAGAGCAGGUGGAUGUGGAGGAUUCCUGGGCCGGAUGGAUGUGGAGGUUCGUGGGGGCAGAUGGAUGUGGAGGAUUUCGGGGGAAGACGGACGUGGAAGUUCACGUCGUCCGUUACGCGGAACUCGCCGACGACAUCCGGACCGGUCGACCGGGGACCCCGGACGCCUCCCCGAGGAAGCUGCGGCGGAAGUUCUCGGCGGAGGAGAGCCGCGAUGUGGAGGAGAUCCUGUCCAAGACGCUCGGCGACAUGCAGAGGAUCUCGGACGAGAACCGGAAGCUGGAGGUGCUUUAUAGGAGAGAGCGAGAAGAGCGGGAGCUGGACGUGCAGACCCUCGAGGACGAGCUGGCGAACACCGUCGCGCAGGCGGCCGCCAAGGCCAAGGAGGAGGCCCGCCGGGAGGCGGAGGCCGUGCACCUCACCCUCCGCGACCAGAUGAUCCGCGAACGGGAGCAGCUGCAGGCUUACUUUCAGUUCUUCCAGAAGGCAGACGUGUGGCUCCAAGAGCAGCGGCUAAAGGAGACCCAAGAGGUCCGCCGCAAGGUCGAGGAGACCAGCGACGAGAACCGCCACCUCCAGAUGACCCUGACCGAGACGCAGACCGAGUUGGCCAUGCUCCGCUCCCAGCUCGCGGGGGUGCGCGUGCAGUACGAGGACAAGUCCCGCCAGCUCAGCAGCGAGAGACAGCAGUCGCUCGAGCACGCGCAUCACCUCGAUUGCCUCCGGCGACAGAUCCAGCUCCUCCACCAAGCCAAUAAGAAGCUGCUGGACGCGAACGAGGAGCUGCGGAGCAUGGUCGGCAGCGAGACGUCGAGCGGGAGGGGACGGAGCAGCAGCGAUCUGCCUCAGGCGGUCAACAGCAUCUGGCCGGGCCAUUCCCAGGAGCAAUUCGAGAUGGAGCUGGAGCUGGGGGUCGGGAGGCUCCAGACGGAGGAGGUGGGGGAAUGCCUCAGGGAAAUGCAACACUUGAAGGCGUCCUCGCCGGAUCGGUUCCCUCUUGACAGGUUCAUGGAAGAUCUUGAUAGCGGCCUCUGCUUGAGAGACGUGGAGUCCGACUUCGAUUCCAUCCCCGAGCUGUCGUACAGACUCCCCGACGGAAGCCAAAGCCAGGACAGCCUGACGGACUUGGAGGACCAGCGGUCCGGGGCGGCGGGGAGCGGCGGGGACCAGCGGUCUGGGGCGGCGAGGAGCGGCGGGGACCAGCGGCCCGUCCCGCCUGACCGGACGUUCAAGGUCGUCCUCGCCGGGAACGCGACGGUGGGCAAGUCCAGUUUCAUCACGAGGGCGUGUCGUGGCUUCUUCCCCGAGCACAUCAGUCCGACUCUCGGCGUGGACUUCUUCACGAAGAUGGUCGACCUGGACGGCCGGAACGUGGCGAUUCAGCUGUGGGACACGGCCGGUGAGACGCCUUAUAAUUAG